GUAUGCUUGUUUUGUGAUCUACCUACCAAGCCAGUAAUAAAUCAGACGUCAAUGCAAGCGGUCGUUUUACUUGCUAUCGCUCCCGGUUACAUACCUAUCAUCUGGCUAACGAGGAUAUUUCGCGCGUUUAAAUCAUGUCGCAGUCGUAUUUAGGAAAUUUGCCUAUUUUCGAUCAUAAGACUACCGAGUGGGCGAUAUUCAAGAGCCGGUUAACGAAGUUUUUUCUCGUGAACGGUAUAUCGGAUGCAGUGAAAAAAAGUGCCAUCACGAUUACUCAAUUGUCGGAUGAAAGUUAUCGGUUAGUGCGCAAUUUAGCUCAUCCGACGGAGGUAGAUUCUUUAACCUAUGACGCGCUGGUUUUAUUACUCGAUGGACAUUUCAAACAAAAGCAGUGUACUUUUGCGGAUAAGGCGAAAUUUUUCGGAGCGAUGAAGAGUGCAGGCGAAACGUUAAGCGAAUGGGCGGCAAGAUUAAGAGGUCUGGCAAGUUAUUGCGAUUUUGAUUCUGCCCUGGAGACGAACCUUAGGGAUCGUUUCGUGCUUGGUCUGGGCUCAGGUUCCGUGCGCGAUAAACUAUUCGAGCAAAAGCCAUCAUCAUUAACGUUUGCCAAGGCUUUAGAGUUGGCAGAACAGACGGAGAGUGCCCGAGAAGCGAAAUUAACGACAAUAAAGGAGGAGCCCGUUUUUAGAGCGCAAACGGAGGGUGGAUAUCGCGGUGGCGCGAGAGGCGCGCGCGGUCGCGCCAGCGCGAGCGGCAGCGGUCAGCGGGAUCCACGUUCGACGUCCGAGCAGUGUACGGUUUGCGGAAUGAAAAAUCACGCGGAAAUCAAUUGUCGUUAUAAAUCGUAUAAGUGUCAAAAGUGCGGCAAAAAGGGUCACUUAAAGAAAGUUUGUGGUGAAAGUGCGCGAGUGCAUAACGUUUCCGCUGGCGAAUCGUCGUCGUUGAAUCGCAGCGAGGUAGAUGAUUGUGAGGAAUGUCAAAUGUUUAACUUAAGGUUCCCAAAUUAAUGAUGGAGGAUAUGAUCUGUAUGCUUGUUUUGUGAUCUACCUACCAAGCCAGUAAUAAAUCAGACGUCAAUGC